UCUCUGCGAAUGCUGCAAGGAGUCGCCGCCGCCACCACCACCACCAACAACAACAACAACAACAAUAAACAACAACAACAGCAAUAAACAACAGCAGCAGGCAUGGGCAACACGGACACCAAGUUGAAUUUCCGCAAAGCCGUGAUACAGCUGACGACUAAGACGCAGCCUGUGGAGGCAACGGACGACGCGUUCUGGGACCAGUUCUGGGCAGAGACGGCGACGUCGGUGCAGGACGUCUUCACGCUGGUGCCGGGAGCCGAGAUCCGCGCUGUGCGCGAGGAGUCACCCUCCAACCUCGCCACGCUCUGCUACAAGGCGGUGGAGAAGUUGGUGCAGGGAGCUCAAAACGGCUGCCCCUCGGAGAAGGAGCGCCUGGUGGUGCUGAACUGCACGCGGCUGCUCACGCGCACGCUGCCCUACAUCUUCGAAGACCCCGACUGGAGGGGUUUCUUCUGGUCCAGCGUGUCUGGGGCUGGCCGAGCCGGGAGCGAGGGUGAGGAGGAGGACGAGGUGGACGCCUGCCCACUCGCCCGCUCGCUGCUGCUCGCCAUCUCAGACCUCCUCUUCUGCCCGGACUUCACCGUGCACGCCAACCGCAAGGCCGGCCCGGAGUGUGCGGACGAGGGGCAGGGCAUCGACAGCUGUGAGUUCAUCUGGGAGGCGGGGGUGGGCUUCGCGGUGUCGCCGCCCGCCAGCGCCCAGCACGACGCUAACAGGACGGAGCUGCUCAAGCUGCUGCUCACCUGCUUCUCGGAGGCGAUCUACCAGCCCCCCCCCAGCGAGGGCUCCCCCACCAACCCCUGGGUCUCCUUCUUCUGCUCCGCUGAAAACAGGCACGCUCUCCCGCUGUUCACGUCGCUGCUCAACGUGGUGUGCGCCUACGACCCGGUGGGCUACGGCCUCCCCUACAACCACCUCCUCUUCUCGGACUCGCGCGAGCCGCUCGUGGAGGUCGCCUGCCAGGUGCUCGUCGUGACCCUCGACUGCGACGCCGCCACGGCCGGGGCCGCCGCCGCCGCCACCGGCGGAGGGGGGGCCGCCGGCGGAGGGGGCGGGGGACCGGGCGGCGCCGGUGCUGACGACCCAGAGGCCGCCGGACCGGACAACCUCUUUGUGAACUACCUCUCCCGCAUCCACCGCGAGGAGGAUUUCCAGUUCGUGCUCAAGGGCAUCAGCCUCCUGCUGAACAACCCGCUGCUGCAGACGUACCUCCCCAACUCGUGCAAGCGAAUCAGCUACCACCAGGAGCUGCUCAUCCUCUUCUGGAAGCUCGCGGACUUCAACAAGAAAUUCCUCUUCUACGUGCUCAAGAGCAGCGACGUGCUGGAGAUCCUGGUGCCCAUCCUCUACUACCUGAACGACGCACGCGCCGAUCAGUCGCGUGUGGGGCUGAUGCACAUCGGCGUGUUCAUCCUGCUGCUGCUGAGCGGCGAGCGCAACUUUGGCGUGCGCCUCAACAAGCCGUACUCUGUGCGCGUGCCCAUGGACAUCCCCGUGUUCACCGGCACGCACGCCGAUCUGCUCGUCAUCGUGUUCCACAAGAUCAUCACGAGUGGACACCAGCGCUUGCAGCCGCUCUUCGACUGCCUACUGACGGUCAUCGUCAACGUGUCCCCGUAUCUCAAGAGCCUGUCCAUGGUGGCGGCGAACAAGCUCCUGCACCUGCUGGAGGCCUUCUCCACCACCUGGUUCCUCUACUCGGCGCCGCAGAACCACCACCUGGUCUUCUUCCUGCUCGAGGCCUUCAACAACAUCAUCCAGUACCAGUUCGAUGGCAACUGCAACCUGGUAUACAGCAUCAUCCGCAAGCGCGCCGUGUUCCACGCGUUGGCAAACCUCCCCACGGACCAGGCCUCGGUGCACAAGGCCCUGCAGCGGCGCCGCAAGGCCUCGGACAGCAGCGGCUCCCGGCGCGGCUCCCAGGACGGCACCUCCAUGGAGGGCUCGCGGCCCGCGGCCCCCGCCGAGCCCGGCACGCUCAAGGCCACGCUCGCCGCCACGCCCGGCCUGGACAAGCUGACGGAGCGCGCCCACGUGGCGGACGACGGCUCGGCGCAGCGGCUGGACGGCGCCGGCGAGGCAGCGGGGGGAGGGGAAGGUGGCGCCGCCGCCGCGACCCCCACCGUGAACACCACGACCUCCAGCACGGGCAGCAUCACGGCCAACGCCAGCGCCAGCACCAGCGCCAGCGCCAGCGACAACGAGUCCAGCGUCGGGCCGCCACAGCAGCAGCAGCAGCAGCCGCAGCAGCAGCAGGAGUCGGUGGUGAUGACGACGCGGAGAGACAUGAAACGCUCGAGCAGCGUCUCCAGCUCCAGCUCUGGGCAGUGGGUACCCACCACCGAGUGGGUGAUGUCCUGGAAAGCCAAGCUGCCGCUGCAGACCAUCAUGCGCCUGCUGCAGGUGCUGGUGCCACAGGUGGAGAAGAUCUGCAUUGACAAGGGUCUGACGGACGAGACGGAGAUCCUCAAGUUCCUGCAGCACGGCACGCUGGUGGGCCUGCUGCCCGUGCCACACCCCAUCCUCAUCCGCAAGUACCAGGCCAACGCCGGCACGGCCGCCUGGUUCCGCACCUACAUGUGGGGCGUCAUCUACCUACGGAACGUGGACCCGCCCGUGUGGUACGACACGGACGUGAAGCUCUUUGAGAUCCAGCGCGUGUGAGCUCCUCGCUCCCACGCCGAAUCCACCGCCGCCACCACCGCCAGCACCACUCCGUCCGGCCGUGCGCCCACGUGCGCGUCCGUCCAUCCGUCCUCCGAUUCGCCGCCUCUGCCGUCGCUCGCCGCGAUCGCCCGUUUGCAGCGCGCGGGGUGCCGAGCCACACGCCGGGCCCACACGGCCACCCACACCGCGGCUACGGUGGUCGCGGCGGUGGUGGCGCGCGGGGGGUUGGGAGGGCAAGCGGUGUUGGUUGUGGUGCGUUCAUCCGGCUGGCGUUGUGCGAUGGCGUGGAGUGCGUUUCACCGCGUGCGAGCGAGAGUGUGAGUGAGCCACUAUGAGUGAGUGCGAGCGUGUGUGCGAGCGUGUGAGCGAGCGUGUGUGCGAGCCACUAUGAGUGAGUACGAGCGUGUGAGCGAGCGUGUGAGCGAGCCACUAUGAGUGAGUGCGAACGUGUGUGCGAGCGUGUGUGCGAGCGUGUGACCGAAUCGCUGCGUUGGCGUGCGAGCGUAUGAGCUGGCGUGUGUGCGAGCGUGUGAGCUGGCGUGUGUGUGAGCGUGUGAGCGAGUCGCUGCGUUGGCGUGCGAGCGAGCGUAUGAGCUGGCGUGUGGGCGAGCGUGUGAGCGAGUCGCUGCGUUGGCGUGCGAGCGAGUGAGCGCGAUCGAGUGGCAGCGCGUGACGUACCCGCCGACACCAGGGGGCCACUGUUGACCAGGGUGGUGGAGGGGGGGCGUGAGUGCGGCCUCCUCCUCCACGCACGGCUCGUGUCGGCCACGCUCGCCGCUCGCUGACCGCGGGGUCACGUGACAGUCGUGGGGGGGGGUGGUGGGUGUUGGGUCUGGGUUGUGGUGGGAUCCGUGUUAUGGUGGGGGGGGGGGGGGGUCGUCUCGUGUGCUCACAGGGAACUUUGUGGCGCCGUUAGACGGCACUCAGGGCGGCUGUCGUGGGGGAGGGGGGGGUAACCGUGUGUGACGCGUGUCCGAGGGCCCUGUCUCAGGGUGGGACGUUUAUUUAGUUUCGUCCGUUGUCUUUGUGCGGAUUCAUUUCUUUAAGCUCGUACACGCGCACUCACACACGGGUCCACGUGUAGCCCACACACACACACGGCUCCACGUGUAGCCCACACACACACGGGUCGACAUGUAGCCCACACGCGCACUCACACACGGGUCCACGUGUAGGCCAAAGACAAAGAUUCCCCGUAUAUAGUCUUUAACACACUGUGGGGGCAAGUGCUGUUUGCGAGCACCUAUGAAGGCCGGAACGGUACACGAGGGGGUGGGUGGCCAGCACCACACCCGGCCACCUUUGUCUCCCCAGUAGCGAUGUUUUUACACACCGCACCAUAGUCUGAAUGCUUGCGUUUAUGUUUUUUGUUAUCACGCCAUUAUACUGUGUGUAGGCUUACACCGACAUGCAUUUGUAGCACUUUAGAUUCUACAUAUUCACUCCACUACAGUCACAUCGCCGCUUAUUCAGUUCCGUAUUCACACCACCGUGGAGUCUACAUCUCUCUCGAAAGUGGAAACCGGCUGUGACGCCAUUCACAGCGGUAGGAUCCACGUCAGAGGUCGCAACCGGGUACCCGAUACCCGUACCCUACCCGAUACCCGGCUACCCGUACUCGGCCGGGUACGGGUAGCCGUUUGCGACCCUGGUGUGGCCGGGUACGUGUACGGGUAGGCCGUGAGUCACUGGUGAGUCACCGUUUGUCACUCAUUUCGGGUAGGGUACGGGUAUGGAACGGGUACCCGUACCCGGCCGGGUACAGGGUACCCAUUUGCGACCCUGGUGCGGCCGGGUACGGGUAAGGAAUCGAAUCCCGUUUGCGACCUCUGAUCCACGUGGAGAGCCUGGCACGCCGUGGGGUGCAGAAGCUGUUGCUCGCUGCGGAAAGGCAAACCGAAAACGAGAAUCGGCUUUGUGGCUGGAAUCGUUCUGGAUCUCCGAGGGGCCGUGGGACUGCCGCAGAGAGUGUGGUCCCUGGCUCCCACUUCCAGGGCCCAGGAAGGCAGGCACGGGUGUGUACGGGUGUGUACGGGUGUUCGCGGGAGCGCGCCUUCUUUGCGCUCUCGGCGUACGCGGGGCGAGCAGAGCGGAGUGACGGGCGAGCGUGCGGGGAGCGGUCCUCCCAACGGUUGACACUAAAAAUAUCGUCGCCCCUUGCUUGCUCUGACCUCACCGCGUGACCUUUACCACGGGCCGUGACCUUCCCCCUCCACUCCAGUAUUGUGAAAUCUCAACACUCCACAUAUCUAUGUACAGUAUAUAGAACUUAUUUCGCACCGUACGUAGUCAACCGUGCUCAUUGGAGGUGCGGGGGUGGGUGGGAGGGAGGAACGACAACAAACUAAGUUCUAAAGAAAUGAGUUUGUCAAUUGAGAUGAUGAUUUAAAAGUGUCCGCAGCUCCAGCGGCUUCCUAAUAUCGGAAGGGAAGAGCGUUCCAGACGGCCGCGGAAGCGCAUUUGAAAGCACCGCCGCCUUUGGUUCGACGGUUCUGUGCUCCUUGAGAUGGGCAAGGUGUUGCUGUGGUUAAUUUGUGGUUAAGCAUUUGGGGGGCCCCCUUACAGCCGCGACUGAGCUGUGGGGGGGGUGCUGGAGGACGACGCGACUGUCCAACCGAUGGAGCAGCCUCGCCGCUGCGUUCCGCCGGGAGAUUCCGUCAACUCCCAAAAAUCACGUGGAACCAAAAAUUUCUUCCGCCCCACUCUCUUGCAUUUUACAGCAUGGGGGGCGGGGGGGCGGGGGGGCGGGGGGGGGUUAAACAAAUUCCGUAAACGACGGGACGGGGUUUGAUUCUGUGAGAUCACUACUGUAACUCGGGUUUCGACCUGUGAGAUCACUACUGUAACUCGGGUUUCGCCCACCCAGCUCCUGUGUGUGCGCGUGGGUGCAUUUAGUUUUUAGUGUCACAACACUGGAUUGUGCGACGCUGUUAACACGCGGAAGCCGUCGGGUGAGCGGGUAUCCUGUAUUUUUUUGUUCUUGUUGCUGUUGUAUCGUUUCAGUUGAGCCAAAUCGUCUCCACUCCACAGCCGAGCGAUCGGUCGCCUGCAACUUCCCCCCCCCGCCUCUCUCCACCCCACGGUUGCCUGCAACUGCUUUGUCCACGUCUGGGCGAGUUGUAGCGCAAUCACGUGGGGACGUGGGUGCAUAUCGUGCCCUCACCAGAGGUCGCAACCGGGUACCCGAUACCCGUACCCUACCCGAUACCCGGCUACCCGUACCCGGUCGGGUACCCGUUUGCGACCCUGGUGCGGCCGGGUACGGGUACGGGUAGGCCGUGAGUCACCGGUGAGUAACCGUUUGUCACUCAUUUCGGGUAGGGAAUGGGUACCCGUACCCAGCCGGUACGGGUACCCAAUUGCGACCCUGGUGCGGCCGGGUACGGGUAAGGAAUCAAAACCCGUUUGCGACCUCUGGCCCUCACCCCCCACCCCCAGCCACUUGCCCCCACAGGCUGUUGGAGGCAAGUACUGUUUGCGAGUAGCAGCACCGAUGAAGGGCCCGGUACUGCGGCACUGUGGCGCUGUGCCGGGUGGCCAGCACCACGCCCGGCCGCCUUUGUCUCUCGGGGUGGUGAUGUUUACACACACCACGCCAGGUACUCAUUUGAGGCUGAGUCGACCUAGGGGGAGGGUGGAGGCCCAGGACCGGUGCACCACCGCUCCCCACCUGGGUAUCUCCCGGUGGGGGGGACGUCCGCACGAAUUCGCUGAUUUUUUGUUACAAGGAAAUGAUUCCAUGGGUAUUUCGCGAGGCAUCAAUCGCCUCUCCUGGCAGAUAAUUGAAUGCCCGCUCGGUCGGCCAGGCGCUGUCCAGCCACCUCGUGGUGCACGGGGAGGCAGCUGGCACUGGGGGGGCCCCCAUCACCACCCACACCGAGAUGCCCAGCGUCCAGGCGAGGGCGCGGUGACAAAAACAAGGGAAUUGUAAAGAAUGAUUAUUGUUAAGAAUUAUUUUUAUCAUUGGUCAGAAUGAUUCUUAUUAAGAAUGAUUCUUAUUGCUAAGAAUGAUUAUUCAUCUUAUUGAUAAGAAUGAUGAUUCUUCUUGAUAAGAAGAAUGAUGAUUCUUAUUGUUAAGAAUGAUUUUUCAUCUUAUUGAUAAGAAUGAUGAUUCUUCUUGAUAAGAAUAAUUAAUCUUAUUGUUAAUAAUGAUUAUUCUUAAAAAUUCUUCUUGUUAAGAAUGAUUCUUAUUGAUAAGAAUUCUUCUUGUUGUUAAGAAUGAUGAUUCUUAUUGUUAAGAAUUCUUCUUGUUGUUAAGAAUUCUUAUUAUUGAUAAGAAAGAUUCUUAUUGUUAAUAAUUAUUCUUAUUGAUAAUGAUUCUUCUUAUUGUGAUGCUGCAGGCGACCGUCAAGAGUUGCGUGAUUGAUCGCUCGGGUGUGUGGCCCUCACUGCGGAUGCGUCGGUGCACUGGGCUCUGAACUGCUGGUUAUUAGUAUUGGUAUUAACUUUAUUAUUAGUAGUAGUACUGUUAUUUUUCGAUUUAAAGCUUUCGUGACUACAGGGAUUCAUCUUCUUGGUUCUUUCGGUAAAGUCACGUAGAAUGGAAAUAAUAAAAUAAUAAAAAUAAAACGUAAUAAAAUAAUAUAUUAUUUUAUUAUUAGAUAAUAAAAUAUUAAAAAUAAACCAUAUAAAAAUAUUACAUUCUUUGAUUUCAUUAUUAUUUUAUUAUUAAAUAAUAAACUAAUAAAACAUAUUUUUUUAUUUUAUAAUGUUUUAUUUUUUUAUUUUUUUUAUUUACAUUCUACGUGACUUUACCAAAAUAACCAAGAAGAGUACUGUUAUUGUUAGUAGUAUUGUGUUAUUAGUAGUAUUGUGUUGUUAUUGUUAUUAUUAGAGGUGUCAUGAUUAGUCGUAGUGCUGUGUUAUUGUUGGCGUGCGGGUUGACUCUGGUGGUUGGGAGAUUCCUCUGUUCGCGAUUCCACGACGUGCCGAGGGCAACGCGGAGAGACCCGAGUCGUCGUUUAUUUCGUGUUGCACUGCGCUCCGUGGUGGAGGUGGCUCACGGAGUGGCAUCUUGGGGGCGGGUGGCCACGUAGACCCCCUCCCCCCCCCCCCCCAGCAGCAUCCGUGCCGUGUCAUCUCGCCGAUGAUUUUAACCCCCACGCCACCACCACCACCACGCCACCACCACCACACCACCACCACGCCACCACCACCACGCCACCACGCCGCCACCACCACGCCACCACCGCCACCACCACGCAACCACCACCACGCCACCACCACCACCACGCCACCACCACGCAACCACCACCACCACGACACCGCCACCACGCCACCACCACCACGCCGCCACCACCACCACGCCGCCACCACCACGCCACCACCACCACGCCACCACCACCACGCCGCCACCACCACGCCGCCACCACCACCACGCCACCACCACCACCACGCCACCACCACCACCACGCCACCACCACCACCACGCCACCACCACUACUUUGACCUCGCCGGGUCGACCUUCAAUAGUCGGGCCGGCGUUUAGCCAUGGGCGCGUUGGUCUUCAGCUUCGUGUGAGUGUGAGAGAGGAGGGGGGGGAGAGGGAGAGAGAUAAAAAAUAUGUGCAAAGGAAGACGCGCUACGAGUGAGUGAGCGAGCGUGAAUUGUUGUUCCAACUGCAGAGACGAUGUUUUCCCAGGCACCAAAACUCGAUUUGAGGCCGAGUCUGCCUAGGGGGAGGCCCCAGCACCGGUUCGGAGAAUCGUCAACUGGUGUUGGGUGGCCGUGAGCGGAAAUCGAACUCGGGUGGCCGGGGCUCAGCGUGCUAACCGCUGUGCCACCGCUCCCCACACACACACAGA